UUUCCAUAGGGUUUGCAUUGAAUGCUGUGUUUGUACUCAUUGUCUGCACUCAACACUUGUUUACACAAUUUACACACUUUUAUACAUAUUUAUCAGAUCUGAUCCCAAGAAAUCUCUUCAAUGACAAGUGAUUAGUUCAACUGCUCGUAUAGUCUCUUAUAGUCUACCAUUAAUUUGCAAACCAUUUGAUUAAUCCAUUACUUGUAACCAUGUUUUGUCUCAAUCAAUGCAAGUCUUCACUCAAAAAUAUAAGCAAUGCUUUCAUGCAAUACAAUGGCCUCAAAGUUGUGUCGGCUUUGAGUGGUGGCCACAGAUCUACUCUUAGCCUUCAAAUCAAUGCCAGAAACGCAUCGACACAACCGUUGACUCAGUUAUCUGAAGAUGAGAUGGCGAUGAAAGACAUCGUACAAAGACUGGCACAACAGAAGAUACAGCCUUUGGUCAAACAGAUGGACCAGAACUCAAUGAUGGAUAAGUCUGUGAUCGACGCCCUCUUCCAGAAUGGGCUAAUGGCAGUGGAUGUGGAUCCGAAAUACGGUGGCACCGGAUCUUCAUUUUUCUCAGCAAUGCUUGUGAUCGAGGAGUUGGCAAAAGUGGAUCCGUCUGUCAGUGUCUUCUGUGACGUACAAAACACUUUAGUUAUUCAGACGUUUACUCGAUUCGCGUCCGAAGAGCAAAGAGUGAAAUAUUUGCCACGAAUUGCAAAAGAUUGUGUCGGCGCAUUUUGUCUCUCGGAACCGGACUCUGGUUCGGACGCGUUUGCCCUCAAGACCAAUGCCGUGAAAGAGGGCAGUAAUUAUGUGCUAAAUGGGACCAAAUGUUGGAUAACAAAUGCAGAACACGCGGGACUAUUCAUUGUCUACGCGAACGCCAAUCCGUCCGCCGGGUAUAAAGGGAUCACUUGUUUUAUUGUUGAACGCAAUACUCCGGGACUGACUGUUGCCAAACACGAGGAUAAACUGGGUAUUCGUGCCUCGAGUACGUGUCCCGUAAUCUUCGAUAACGUUAAAGUACCGGAGAGCAAUGUGGUGGGACAGGUGGGUCACGGCUAUAAGUACGCGAUCGGCACUUUGAAUGAGGGUCGCAUCGGUAUUGGCGCUCAGAUGUUGGGUCUGGCGGAGGGCUGUUUCGAUCACGCCGUCAAAUACACGCUCGAAAGGAAACAAUUCGGUCAACGAAUUUUUGAUUUUCAGGGAAUGCAACACCAAAUCGCUAGAAUAGGCGCCGAAAUAGAAGCGGCAAAACUGUUGGUCUAUAACGCGGCCCGACUUCGCGACGCGAAGAAACCGUUCAUCAAAGAGGCGGCGAUCGCUAAGUUAUACGCGUCUGAAGUGGCGGCCAAUGCAUCGGAAAAAUGUGUUGAAUGGUUGGGUGGCGUCGGCUUUACGCGUGACUUUCCAGUCGAGAAAUAUUAUCGCGACUCAAAAAUAGGUGCCAUAUAUGAGGGCACCUCUAAUAUACAGCUCAACACUAUUGCCAAACACAUCGCCGAUGAAUACAAAUAGUAAUUUUUACUCGACUCGAGUCUUUAAAUUGUUAAAAACACUUGUUUUGCAAAUUAUGAUUACUUUUCUAAAUAUUUUUACAACAAAAUAUAAAUAAAGAAAUUUAUUUUCUAUAA